ACGGUAAACAUCCUGGGGAUGCUUGGUGUAAUUUAUCAGAAGCAAAUAUUAUUCCAUUAGAUUUCAGUUUCUAGCUCAGUAACCUGCCAUGCAGUCGCUAAGGUUGCUUUCUUGUAAAAACAGAGUUUUCGGACCUGCCUUUUACAAAGUAACUACAUUUACAAGUCUACUGCCCACGGUGCUCGACAAAACGAGGGAUGGCGCCAUUACAAAACCCGAGAUAUUUCGGAAAAUAUCAUCGUCUGUAUCUCUCGCUAAAAAAUAUGCGUGGGAAUAUUUCUGGCAGCCAGGAUCUGGUUACUAUGGCAAGUCCUGGGGUGAGACUGGCAGAGCAAUCAUUAACAACUGGGAUGACUUUAUACUUUCCCAGAUAGACACUGUGCCCGUUCCCUCACCAAACGGAGUGUUCACCAUCGGUGACUACGGAACCUGUGACGGGUUUGCGUCUGUACAACUGAUUCACAAAAUUAUCAGUCAUCUGAGAAGCAAACAUGGCCCGGACCUGAAUAUUCAAGUGCUUUAUGAAGACCAAGAGACAAACGACUUCAACAGCCUCUUUAAAACUAUUUACGAAGAUAAAGCAUCGUUCCUGUGGAAAUUCGACAAAGUGUUCAUUCUGGCCUGUGGAACUGAAUUCUACAAACAGUGUGUUCCUGAGAACACUUGUGACGUCAUCAUCUGCUCACUCGCACUCCAGUGGCUGAGUGACGAGCAUCAUGUAUUUGUAGAAUGUAUUCACAGUUUUGGCAGGUGUUCCGAGUCCAUUUUUCCAUGGUGCACAAACUCUGAAAAGGAGCUUGAGGACUAUCUGGAGGUCUGCCGACAAGACUGGCAACAGUUUCUUCUCCACAGAGCUGCAGAGUUGAAGCCUGGUGGCGUUCUCUUCGUUACACAUCCCGCAUUUGAUAGUCCACACAAAGCUGCCUCAGAAAUCUUCUCUAUCCCAGAAAGUCAGACUGGUUUUCUCCCUGGGUGUUUGCAGGACAUUUUGCUGACCUACGACUUGUCUUGGAAAGAAUUAUAUAAAGAGGGCGCUAUCACAACUGAGGAGUUCCAGGCCUGCACGUUGAGGGUGGCAAACCGGAACUUUCCAGACUUGGUAGAGCCCUUUGAGAAGGCAACCGACUCUCCUGUUCGACAAGCAAGACUUACAUUGCUGACAGAGCCAGUUCCUGCUAUCAUUCCUUGUUCUAGUAAACAAAGAUGGCGUCAAAGACUGGAAACAGGUUUGUAUACUUUUAAUGUUAUCGAUCAUUCAGUAGGAGCGACUGGUAAUGAAAUCUUUCUGCUGGAGACGCUUGUCAUCAUCGGUUUUGUUUUAUUUUUGACAGAUGGCUACGAUGACCGAGUCUACUUUGCUGACCUCAUCACAAGAGGGACGAGAGUUUGGUCAGAAACGGCCUUCCGGAGCAGCCUGCUGGACACGCGCACUGCUGAUGAACACUCGGCCAUCAUCGAGCGACUGUACGAGAUCUUUGCAAGAAUGGUGUCCGUGUCCAACCCAGAAACACUUCGAAGCGAAAUGGUCAUGUGGCUCCUUGCUGCUCAGAAAAUGUCAUAA